AUGGUUGCUCUGGAACUACAGAAAGAUAAUCCUGGACUCUCUCAUGAGGAGCUCUAUCACAAGGCCUACGAAGUGGUUAUGAACAAACAUGGAUUCCGCAUGUACAACGGAUUAAGAGAGCUGCUGACAGAUCACUUAAAACAAAAGGUGCGAGAGGAAUUGCUUUCAAAUUUGAACCGGAAUUUUCGAUCGAAAUUGAAUGAAGUGUGGAUUGAGCAUAAGACCUCAAUGCGUAUGUUAAGCGAUAUGCUUGGAUACAUGGAUCGCAGCUAUGCCGAGCCACGAGGAUUGGAGAGUGUCUAUAUACUAGGAUUGCAACUAUUCAGAUAUGAAAUCAUUGAGUUUGAGGACAUCAAGCAAAAGCUGAGACAAAAUUUGUUGGAUUUGAUAGAAGCAGAGCGACUUGGGAAGUCCAUCAAUGAGUUAGAGAUCAAAAAUGUGUGCACAAUGCUCCACACUCUGGGCAAAAAUACGCGCUACGUUUAUGAGCAGAUUUUUGAAGAACCUUUUCUAGCUCAAACUGAAAAGUUUUAUGAGCGGAAAGUGGGGAUGAUCUUGGAAGACAAAACUUGUGAUUUUGAGCAGGAAAUGAAGCUGCACAUUGAAAAGGAAUCAGCUCGACUCACAAAAUACUUGGACAAGGAAACAGAACAGAAGGUUGUAAAAUUGUUAGAAGAAAUAAUUAAGAAAUACAAGACUUAA